AUGGCUGAGAAGUCCUCUUCCGCUGCUUCCACUCCCAAGGAGCCCACCCCCGGCGACACUAACUUCAUGAUCAACCUCUUCCGCCACAUGACGGAGAAGCCCACUAUCAACUGGGAUGCCUUUGCUGCCGCUGCGGGGUUCAAGAACGCCACCGUCGCUCAGACCCGCUACGGUCAGAUCCGCAAGAAGUACGAGCUCAACUCGAUUGUUGGCAGUCCUAUCAAGAAGAGGAAGGGAAAUUCCACUGCUGAGGAGGAGUCUCCUGCCAAGAUUGCCAAGACUGGCGGCCGCGUCGGCACCAAGGGCCGUAAGGGCAAGGGCAAGGCGACGGUCAAGACCGAGGAUGAAGACGACGCCGAGGACGGCACGGACACCAAGGGCGCCAUUAAGAUGGAUGGUGACGAUGAGAACUAG